AUGCUAAGACCGCUUCUGAUAAAGAUUGGCGAAUGCAGCACUACGUUACCUGAAUCUUUACCUUUUAAACCGCAAACCGAAUUCGUUGAGACCGUGGACAAAAAAGAUUGUAAAUCUCAAACCAUCACCACAAAACCUGUGAAGAAACCUGGAUUUAGCUUGAUAAUUGAAAUCAAUACUUCUGUCUUGAACAAGAACAAUUUUAAGACCGCUUUCCGUGACAAUAAUCCAUUUUUUGCCUCUACCACCACCAAUGGAUCUAUCGAUUCAAAAAUUGUCGACCAAGAGAUUAAUCUAAAGCAACAUAUCUUUUCAACAAAUCCCCAAUUUUCACGUACUGAAGAUCGUACUAUCCUCGAUUAUAAUAAUAUUAGCUUAGAGUUUGCUAACAAUCCAGCUGAAUUUUCGAACACUGACUCACAAGACGAAAUACCUGGCACUCCAAGCAGUACUUCAAGUACUGGACAUAGAAAUAAUAGUAUAGAACAUGAGAAAAAUAACGAAGAUGUGACAUCAAGAAGCAAUGAUGAAAACUAUCCAACAAGUUGUGCACACAAUAUGCAAACAACUGACAUUACUGAAGAUACGCACACCACAAUCGAUAUAACUAAAGAAUCUUCUCUGAGACAACAACCAAUAGAAAUCACCGAUGGUGAAGAAACAUCAAUAUCUUUGACGCCAACGUCAGUCGAAGAUAGUAGUAGUUCUGAACAAGAACAAAGUUUUGACGAAUAUCUACCUUCUCAACCAUCACAUUUUAAACCAUCAAAAAAAUCCACAGAAACAAGCAAUAGUAGGCCAACAAAUGAUCCAAUAAAUUACAACCAUAUAACAAUUCAAGAACAGACACGAUGGGCCUUUUUAUUUAUGCUUGGAGAGUUAUUAUGUUAG